GUGCCUGUCACCGUGAUCACCGGCUUCUUGGGGAGCGGGAAGACGACCUUGCUGAACCGCAUCCUCCGAGAGCAGCACGGGAAGCGGAUUGCAGUCAUCGAGAACGAGUUCGGCGAGGUGGGCAUCGACUCGACCCUCGUGGAGCAGGCGGAGCGUACCACUGAGACGAUCGUCGAGAUGAACAAUGGUUGCAUCUGCUGCACCCUUCGUGGGGAUUUCAUCCAGGGCAUGCAGAAGGUGCUCAAGGAUGUUCAGUCCCGCGGCAGCCAUCUCGAUGGUGUCUUGAUCGAAACGACUGGACUGGCGGACCCUUCCCCGAUCGCUUCGACCUUCUUCCUGGAUCCCUUCAUGCAGGAGAACUACCGCCUGGACUCCAUCCUCGGUGUCUGCGAUGCCAAACACUUGCUGGACCAGCUGUCUGCAGAUCGGGAGAAGUCUUGCGUUCACGAAGCGUCGGAGCAGGUUGCCUUUUCCGACCGGCUGCUGCUGACGAAGACUGACCUUUGCACGAAUACCGAGAUCGAUGGCGUCCUGCAGCAGCUGAAACAGCUGAAUCCUUUUGCCAUCGUGCUGCCCAUGAACUUGAAGGACACGGAGAAACCGGUUCCGGUAGACCAGCUCUGCGACGUGCGGGCGUUCUCCCUCGACCGGGCACUCGAGUUUGACUCCACGUUCCUAGACGAUGAUGACGAUCACAUGCACGACUCGUCGAUCAAGGCGCUGGGAGUGAAGUUGCGCGGUGGACUGCACCAAGGGAAGCUGAACAGAUUCUUCGAGGAAGUCUUGAAGAAGUAUCCCAAGGAGAUGUACCGGAUGAAGGGCAUCCUCGAUGUCAAGGGCAUCGAGGAGCGAUAUAUCUUCCACGCGGUGAACUGCCACUUCGGUGGGAUGCCACAAGGCCCGUGGCCUACAGAUGGCCGCGAAAGCAAGGCGGUCUUCAUCGGCAAGGGCAUCGACCAUGCUUGGAUCGUCGAACGCUUGCGGACAU